ACGAUGCGCGAUCCUUGUCAUCCAAUGGGCGGUCGCCCUGGUUGCCAAGACGCGACGACUGAGUGCAGAGGACCACUUCAGAAGCAAGCGGCAGAUCUGCCGUCCAUCUGCCAUCAGAUGUCUUUCUGUCUAACUGAGCUACACCUGUGGUCUAUGAAGAAUACCUUACAAGUCAAGGAUGUAGAUAUUGGCACCUUUCAAUACCAUGAUCGAAAAGAAUCUGUUCCAUCUGUAGACUGCUGUUACCUAGAAGAGAAACAACGAAUGACUGAGGCUCAUGAAUACUUAUGGACACCCAAGAAUAAACGACCUGAUAAGCUUCGAGAUACCCUCAAGGAGUUUGAGGAACUGCUGCAGUGCACUCGUUGUGUGCUGAGCAAAUGGAAGAACAAGAGCUUUUGUCAGCUUUUCUUUGGUUCAGGUGUUCUGGUUUCUUUAAGUCUUUGCGGCCCACAUCUAGAAAAAAUUCUGAUCGACAAAACCUUAGUGGGGAAACUCAUCUCUGACACCAUCAAUGACGCUGUGUUUGCGGACAGUUUUAUGAUCAUAACGUUUCUGGAAACCAGUAAACUUUGCCUUGUCCAGUUCACAAAGAAACAAAGUUCACCUGAUGUCAACAAAAAAAUGGAAAAGUUUUCUACUUCUGAUCUUAAGAUUUCUUACAUUGAUUUACCAGGGCCUAAAGGUUGCAGGGUUGAACGUCAUUUGGCCAUUAACUGUGUGCAAGAUAUGGUGAUCUGCUGGUGGCAAAUGGCUAAUGGAGAUGGCUGGCCCUGGUUUCCAAUAGCCAAUGAAAGUGACCGAGCUAAUGUGGUAUUGUUAAGCUGCAUUAAUGGCAAACUUGAGGUUUUAAGCUUUACACGCACAGAAGGUGAUCCACUGGAUGCUGGUUUUAGUAUUAAUCAACCAAAUCAGGUCCAUACAGUAGAAUGCUCUGUCAAUCCAGACAAAGAGCCAAUGGCAGACAGCUGCAUUUAUGAAUGUGCUCGGAAUAAAUUACAGCGUGUGGCAGUCAUUAGCAUCCCACUGAGAUCCAAAGCUACUUGCUGCAGCAGAAAUAUUACAGAAGACAAGCUUGUCCUCGGCUGUGAGGAUUCUUCAGUGAUUUUAUAUGAUGCAUAUCGCAGAGUGACUCUGCUGGCUCAUGCUGAUUUUGUGCCUUCAAUGAUAGAAUGGCAUCCUGAUGCUGCUGUAAUUACAGUGGGGAGCUAUCAAGGUGAAAUUCAGUGUUAUGACAUGGCAUUGUCACCAAUAAAGAUGCAGUUAUUAGCAGAGGACAUAAAACCUGUGAACAAACUUCAAUUUAGCCAGUACUUUGCUGUAACAAGCAGAAUGGUCCAAAUUCAGUGGACAGUUCCUCAAGUUAUUCCUCCAAACAUUGAUAACCUGAAUGUGCAUGAUCUCCUCUUUCUAAGAUUUGACAAAGGGCCUGUUGGAGUCCUUUAUUUGAAAUUAGGUGUCUUAUCGAAAGCACAGCUGGGUCCCACUGAACUUAUUUGCCAAUAUAUUCGUUAUGAACAAAUUGAGGAAGCUAUUAACGUUUUGCUUGGCAUGAAUUGGAAUACUGCAGGCCUACAGUGCUACAAUUGUCUCAUUGCUAUUGUGGAUCAUCUCCUUAAACAGAAACUUACAUCAGAAAGAGAAUCACAACUUGAGGCAGCUCUUGGAACAUUUUAUGCCCCCACAAGACCUUUAUCUGACACAACUGUGUUAGAAUACAGGGAUCCAAUCAGCCAAUAUGCAAGACGCUUCUUUCAUCAUUUACUCAGGUACCAGAGGUUUGAGAAGGCUUUUCUAUUGGCAGUAGAUAUUGGUUCAAGAGACCUGUUCAUGGACAUUUACUAUGUUGCUUUGGAUAAGAGUGAAAUGGCCCUGGCUGAAGUGGCUAAGAAGAAAGCUAAUGAGAUUGAUGUAGAAUCUAUGACAAGUGAAGUUGUAACUCUGGAAUGCGCACAGGGAGGUGACUCUUUGAGAAGAGAUGGAUCUGAAUUUCCUUCGGUGUCAAUGGAAGCAGAAAGACCAAAGAGUGGGAAUUCACCUCAUGGUUCAGCCAGUAACAGCAGCUAUUUACCACAGCUUGCUGCGCAGAGCAGCCCUUAUAUCAGGCCUUCAUGCUAUAACUUGAGGGGCGAUACAGAGAGUGAACUUGAGUUCAAUACCUAUGGUUCAGGGUUGAUAGGUGACCCGUCAGCCUGGAUCCAGGCAGGUAACACUUCUGGAGGUGGAGGAGGAGGAGAAGCGCAGGAACUUGGAAAGAACAGCAGUCUGAAAGUGGUACACUUCGGUUUGGUGUAAAAUGAUAUGAAAGAAUUACCAAUAAUUGGAUGAAGAUGGAUGCUUUAAUUAUGUGGGUCUAAUUACAAAUGUAUUUGCGUUAUAAUAUUUAUCAAGGAACAGACAAAUGAAGAAUUUAUUUCUAUAGUCCCAAAGAAUGAAACAAGAAACUUAAAAUCUCUCAAAAUAUAAUGUUCCAUUACAGCUCCCAAAAUAGCAGAAAUACCCUUCAUUUCUCUUGUCCCUCACCAUACCCUCUUUUUCCACCUUUACAUUAUUGAAGAUUCAAGAUUAGCUAAUGUAAUUUCCUGUACACAAGUGCAAAGGAGAACAAAAUAAUUAUUUAUCAUGCUCCACCUCUUGACUUUAUCCUGUGUCCAUACCCGUCUUGGCUACACAGCUCUUCUUUUACCUAAUUCCCUCACACAUCUCUCAUAAUACCCCUUUUCCAACAUUGCAUUACUUUCUCACCUCCCCACAUUCCCUCUACAGUUUGCAUUACAGUACUCCAUAUUUCUCACAAAUGGAUUUGUCCCACUAUCUUACUUUACCCAUAAAAACCUUGCUAACAGUUUCAGCCCACUACCACUGUGUCAGGCCCUGGAGGGAAAAUUCCCCCUUAACAUUUCCCUCCUUCCUCUCCCUGAUGCCUCACUUUACACAUCCUACACAACAUUUCCUUGUUGCAUAACCUUUAUUUAACAUUUCCUUUAUCCUUGCAUAACUGGCAAGGAAUAUUACCAAGAUUGUUGAUCCCCAAUGGUGGGGUAAAAGGGAAGGGGGAAUGUCAGGAAACUAGAUGAGGGAUCAUAGACUGGAAGCAAGUCCAUAGAGGAUUAGAAUUUAUAAGGUAAGGUUUGUAGAGCAAGAGAAUUGUACAGGAUGCAAAGGUGUGUUGGCCCUCUGGAUCUGUGCAAAGCACCCAUUUGCACUAACCCUAUUUUGUGCUUCUCUUAUUUCCAUCAGAUUCCACCCAUCCCCCACCCCAGAUUCCAGACUCACUGACACAUACUAGGGGCAAUUUACAGUGGCAAAUUUAAAUAGGAUAUAGGAGGAAAUUGGAGUAACACGGUGACAGUGAGAACUUAUGAAUUCUACACUAACAAUACCAGUGGUCAGCAUUGAACCAGUAAACUGGAGCUCUGAGGAAGCAACUCUAGUAGCAACUCCAACAUCAAAGGUUAAACUAAUAUUAAAAGUUAUUAUGACAAUGCAUUUACUAUGUGGCCAUAUAAAAUGAAAGGCAAAGUAUUUUAUUUAACAUAUAUUAUUCUGUUCUUGUUUAAUUGUAUAACUCAACCCAUUUUUAUAAUAUGAUUAAUUUCAAAUUGCUUGACAACCCAAAGACAUUAUUUUAAAUAUUUUAUACAGUUAUUUGGAAUUGAGUACAGACAUGGAAAUACCAGUGGUCUUAUGAUCUUUUGUUUAAACUAAGGUCAUUUUGAAAAUUAUCCCUUUUCUCAUUACAUUUUUGGGAUAGUCAAGAAAGUUUGUGGUCAUUAUAUUGACUUUAUAUACAACACAUGAUUUUAUCUCCAAGAACUACUUUUGUCCAUUUCACUCAUGGCUUCUGUUGAAGCUGAUGAUGGCCUGCAUGAGGGAUUAAUCUAGCAUCAAUCAGUGGUGUAUAAUCCUUCACGCAUGGUAUUUUUCUUUGCUUUGUACGUUAAGAGGAUUAGCGUUUAGAAUGCAUAAAUUGAUGGUAAAAAUUUACAUGAUCAAGAUUGCUUCAUUUCUUAUGUUCAUUGAGCCCCUAUUAAAAAUUUCUACACAACUAAAAAUAUUUAUACAUCAUUCAUUGUUAAAAUCCAGAUAUCCUUACUUUUGAAAUUGGCUAUUUUGGAAAUACUUGUCUAUUAAUAAAUCUGUGUGUGAUGUUAUCAAAUGUUUGAUGCUGUUACACUGAUAUUUUUAAUUUAUCUCAAUGCAAUGGAGUGAUAAAAUAAUUCUGUAAAAUCUAAUGGCAGAUCUGAAUAUACUGCACCCAGUGCACUACAACAGUUUGCAAGAAAUAUUGCAAAAUAAAUGUGAUUAAACAACCUGUUUCAACCAGUUUCACUUCCGUACUGCUGCUCAUUAUCAGCAGGUUCCUUCUCAAAACAGUAUGUUCAUUUUCCAUCCAUUAAAAUAUGACCAGGUUUUGAUAUCAGAUUCCUACACUGAACAGGGUCUCAACUUUUUUUGGUGGCUUUCAUCUUGGGGCCAUGUGAGCUCACAGGAAACUUAGAGUAAUAGAAUAAUACAACUGAGAAACAAACCCUUUGGCUUUGGCCCAUCAGGCCUAUGCCAACCAUCAUGCCUAACUACACUAAUCCUACUUACCUGUAUUAAUUCUCCUACUCUCUGUACUUUACUCAUUAAAUGUGUUAAUGUGUUACUGUUCUUGCCUCCACCACCUCUUCUGGCAGCUUAUUUCAUAUACCAUUUUCUCACUGUGAAACCUUUACUCCUCACAUCUCCUUUAAACUUCCUCCCUUUCACCUUAAAUCUGUGCCCUAUAGUUUCAGACACCAGCUAUCCAAUCUAUGCCUCUCAAAUUUAUAUACGUCUACCACAUUACCUUUCAGCCUCCUUUACUCCGGUCCAUCUAAUAUCUCCUGAUAAAUCAUGCCCUCUCAUACAGGUAACAUCCUAAAGAAAUUUCUGUGUACUCUCUAUCUUAACCACACACUUCCUAUAGUGUGAUGACCAGAACUGCACACAGUGUGUGGCUUAACCAACAUUUAGUGCAAUUAUAAUGCGACAUCCCAACUCAUACUCCAUGCCUCAGAUGAUGAAAUAAAUCAUUCCAUAUGCCUUCCUCACUGCUCUGUCUAUUUGUAAACACAAGAACUUCUACAGAUGCUGGAAAUCAAGAGCAAUAGAUGCAAAAUGCUGGAGGAACUCAGCAGGUCAGGCAGCAUCUAUGGAGAGGAAUAAACAAUCCUGAUGAAGGGUCUUGGUCUGAAAUGUGAACUGUUUAUUCCCCUCCAUAGAUUCUGUUUACUUCUGUUGUCAUUUUUAAGGAAUAUUGUACUUAUACCUCUGUUCAUCAAAACUGCUUGGGGGGUCUUGCCAGUUACUAUGCACAUCUGUCCUGUUUAACUUCCAAAAAUGUACCAUGUCAUUCUCAAAUGUGUUACAGACAUCCAAUAUCUCAUCCUUUGCAGUGUUGAGAUGCUCCAGAAUAUCACUGUUCUCUCCGGAACUCACUGGCUUCCAUGUCCUUUUCUAAGAUGCACAAGAUGAGAAGUAUCAUUUAAGACUUCACCCAUUUCCUAUACUUCCACAUACAGAUCACCACAAUGAUCCUCAAGGGGAACUCGUCUCUCCUAGUUACCUUUCUGUUCUUAAUGUACUUAAGGAAUCUUUUAGGAUUUGACCAUCAUCUUAUCUGCCUGGGAUAUCUUAUGGCCCUUUAUGCCUCCCUUUUCUUAAUCAAACCCUUAAUAUCUCUCAUCAACCAAGGUUUCCAAGUCUGCUCAGUCCUGGUGCAAGAUCUUGACCCAAAACGUUGACAAUUACCCUCCCCCCCCCCCCAGCAGUUUGUUUUCUGUUCCCUAAUCUUGCUGUCCUCACCUUUUACUCUAACACAGGGGUCAGCAACCUUUACCACUGAAAGAGCCACUUGGACCCGUUUCCCACAGAAAAGAAAACACUGGGAGCCGCAAAACCCGUUUGACAUUUAAAAUGAAAUAACACUGCAUACAACGUUUUUUUUGCCUUUAUGCUAUGUAUAAACAAACUAUAAUGUGUUGCAUUUAUGAAAUUGAUGAACUCCUGCAGAGAAA